AAAACUAGUUAUAUCUCCAAAAGAAAAAGAAAAAUAAUCUAGAGAGAUGGCUUUCUCUGCUGCAUUUUCACACACCUCCUUCAUAUAUUCAUCAUCUUUUUCACAAACAAGAAAAAAUAGGAUUAAUUAUAGCCCUUUUGUUAUUAAAGCAGAAAAUAGUUCAUCUGAACCACAAGAAAAUAAUGAGAAGCCAAAAUCUCAAGCAGCAGCAGCAGCAACAACUUCUUCUAGUACAACAGCCACUGCAACAAAGCCUAAAAAACCUGUUUAUUCUAUGAAGAAAGGUCAGAUAGUCAGGGUGGAAAAGGAGAAGUAUCUGAAUAGCAUCAAUUAUUUGUCUGUUGAUCAUCCACCUUAUUACAAAGGUCUGGACUACAUAUAUGAAGACCGUGGUGAGGUAUUGGAUAUUCGUAUAUUCGAGACAGGAGAAUAUGCACUUAUUGGAUGGAUCGGAAUACCAACUGCACCAGCUUGGCUUCCAACAGAGAUGCUAAUUAAGUCUGAUAAGCUGGAUUACGAGAGAAUAUAGUGGCGAGUCCACAGUUAAGACCAGUACAUGCCAGACGAGUAAAUCAAAGUGGAGCAUCACAUUGACCGCUGCUCAUCGAAGAUGAAGAAAGAUGAGAUGGACACACCUCCAGAAUUUACUUAUUGCUAAAUAUAUUAUUAUUCCUUAAAGAUCACUCAAUCAGCUUCUCAGUUGACACUAAAUAAUCGUUAAAUUGAUUCUUAAGAAGCUUAAUAUAACAAUCUUGGACUAUUCAGUAGGUAAAA